AUGAGUAACCAACUGGAUAUAUUAUUUGGUCAACUGCAACAACAAGUUGAGGAAUUAACGGCGGAUCUUGCACGUGAUGAUUCAGAUGGCCAACAAAACCAUAAAAGAAGUUCCAAAAAUGAGAAACCUGAUUUAGAUCAUUUUUCUAUCGAAUAUAUCCAAGAAGAGGUUUCAAAAAUUAAUUUGAUUUUAAAAGAAAGACGUUUAAAAAAUUCAACGGCCACCGCAACUCGUCCCCGUCCUACCUCACCACAAACCGACCUCGCUUCUCUGAGAAAUAGCAAGUCCAGUUCACCUUUCGGAAAGUUGUCUCCUGAUUCAAUACGAACCGGGGCUACUUCCUUACAUAAAAAAUCAGUAUCUUCAUCCAAUAUAGACCAUCUAAUUUCACAAACUUCUAGUGUAGGCAAAUCAUCCGUAUCAGAAAAAAACCUAAACAUGCCUACAAAAAACGGUGCUGAGAAAAAGUUGAGUUCAUCAAUUUCUGCUUCGGAACUGCGAUCCGCUCCGCCCUCAAACUUACUUCGUUACAAGUCUUUAGCAAGGAAUAAUAUUAUUGUACCAUCAAAUUCUCAAAAAAAUACAAAUAUUAUUGCGAUUACUUCGAGACCACCCCUACUGAGGAACAAAAGAUCAGUCGAGCUAUCAUCACGCAUUCCAGAUCCUUCAAUUCCGUCGAACGGGUCAAAUAGUCAAAGGAUCAGUCAAAAUGGAAAUGGUAUUAAGAGGAGUUCAUCUAUUACCAAUACCUUUCCUACUUCAUCUUCUGAUCCUUUCACCGCAGGAUCUUUGCUUUCGCGGGAAUCAUCCAAAAGAAAAGUUCAAGCAUCUCUAAAUGUCAAUCGGGGAUCAGGAAAGACAUUGAUUUCCCAGGUACGGGGUUCACAAGAGUACUUUCCAUCACAAAGAGGACAUGUGGAUGUAGAAGAGAAGAAAAAAAGAGGUUCACAAGAGUACUCUCCAUUACAAAGAGGUCAUGUGGAUGUGGAAGAGAAGAAAAAAAGAGGUUCACAAGAGUACUCUCCAUUACAAAGAGGGCUUGUAGAUGGAAAUACAAAAUUCGUAGAAAAUGAUCAAAAAUUCUCCAGAUCAGUUGGACAAAAGGAAAGAAAUCAUAGGCGUUCUAGAUCUAUGGAAAGAGGGCAUGAGGAUGCACAAGAUACGCUACAUAGACCAGGAAGAACUCGAGAAAAAGAAUAUAACGAACGAAAUCGUGGGCGCUCAAGAUCACGAGAAAGAGGUGUUGAUGAUUACCGUGAAAGAUCUGGAAGAGUUAGGGAACGCGAUGAUCGAUCUCGCGCCCGAUCCAGGUCACACGAGAAAAGAAAACCUCGUACCCAUGAACAAUCUUAUGAUCUCGAUCUUGUAAGGUCGCCUGAAAGGAAAUCGUUACGUAGGGGUGAAAGAAUGCCUGAGGAUAGAGGAGUUCGGGAGAGAAUACCAGAGGACAGGGUAGGAGUCCGAGAAAGAAUACCGGAGGAUAGGGUAGGAGUCCGAGAAAGAAUUCCAGAGGACAGGAGUGGAAUUCGAGAAAGAAUACCGGAAGACAGGAGUGGAAUUCGAGAAAGGAUACUAGAAGAGAGGGGCGGUGUUCGAGAAAGAAUUCCAGAAGACAGGA